AUGAAAAUAACGCCGAUGACUGGGAAUUGGAUUGCCAAAGAUAGUAAUCGAAAAAGUUUCAUCUUCAAGGAAACAGGUAUAAACUCCCACUGUAAUAGAUUUAUUCGAUCGAUUUAUUGACGAAUGAUUAUUGGGAUGCUGUUGAAACAAAUAGAUAUGCAGGUGCUAAAUAGCGAAAAUGAUAAAAAGAGGAGUGAAACUACUUGGGAAUGUGAACUUUGUUUGGUAGCUUUACAUAUUCCAGAAUGUUUCAAAAAAAUAUCACACUGAAAUAAACUAUUGAUACAAUCUUUUACGUUUGUUUACUAAAGAAGUUCUUUUUCUGGAAAAUUUAUUAUUAAUAAAUAGUAAUACAUUGUAUUUUUCAUUUUUCUCUUUACUGCCAUACCAGUGGUUUUCGAAGUGCAUUUUGUCCACAAAAUAUACAUAAUAAUUGCCGCGCGAAUAGAAGGGAGACACAGAGAGAAAUAAAUUACGAAUUUCAGGUGAAAAGGAUGAAGGAGAUGGUAGCGUUGCUGAUCGCAGCUGGCCUGACCGUCGUAGCCGUGAGCCAGGAAUACGUGCCAGGUGGACAUGCUCUGUUCGUCAGAACGUCGCCGUCCUCCGUAAGAGAUGCACACUCGAGAAUCCAGCGAGCUGCUCCGAUAUCGGCCGCAGACGUGAUGGCGCAAAAUAUCCUCGAGUGGAUUCAAGGGAUCUACCGGCAGGGCGCACGUAAACCUCGCCAGCAGUCGGAUCCUCCAGGAUACCUGCCACCGUACAGCACUCAGAGACCACCGGAAAGGCCUCGACCUUUUCAACCGCCGUCGACGACCGUCGGUUUCCCGUCCGGUCCGACAACCGUGCAAUCACCGCCGUUCUCCACCCAGAGACAAACCUACCUUCCACCGAGCAACCAACCAUCCUCUUACAAUCCUCGCCCCACCACGACACCAUCCUACGGCACUUCCGCUUUUCCACCCUACAGCUCGACACCCUCUACCGCUCGAACACCUGGAUACUCUACGGCCAGUGGAAUCUCCACCAGCUACGGUUACUCCGCGUCAGAGUACACCACCGCCGGACCCACGAAAUUCUCUACACCGACUGGUUUCUCCACCGGUUAUCCCAGUCAAAGGCCUGGCCCUAGCUACGUUCCAUCCGCGGAAGGAAGCUCCUUCGACACCGGUGUCGCUGGAUACCCUUCCUCACCGGGCUACCCAUCCUCCCCCACUCCUGGCGGAGCGUUUCCUCCUCAAAUCAGCACCGGAACCAGCGGCACCAGCGUCGUCAGCCCUCCCGGCACUUCUCCCGGCGAAGAGACGACCGGCGAAGGCGACGAGAGCAAGCAUCCGCCGCAUAUCCACGCUCUCGACGUCGUGUGCAGCAAGACUAUGAUGACUAUCAACAUCGAGUUCAAUCGCGCCUUCGACGGGGUUAUUUACUCAAAGGGAUACUUUAUGAACCCAGAGUGUAGAUACGUGGAGCAAAAUUCCGGACAGACUCGGUACUCGUUCACGGUGAAUCUGGACUCGUGCGGGACGCAAUUUAUCAACGAUUUCGCGGGUGAAGCCGGCCAGGCGUACUUGGAGAACGUGCUCGUUCUACAGAACGAGCCAGGUAUACAGGAAGUUUGGGACACGGUGCGCCGAGUUCGCUGCCUCUGGGAAGGGAACAUCAACAAAGCGUUGACGGUCAACUUCUCGGUGGACAUGUUGAACCAAGAAAUAGUGACGUUCAGCGGUGACACGGCGACUGCCAGGUUGGACAUACAAGUGGGAAGAGGACCGUUCGCGCCUGCUGCCGAUGGCCUCGUUAAGAUCGGAGAGACAAUGACUUUGGUCGUUACCGUCGAGGGAGAUCCUGGCUUCGAUCUUCAGGUUCGCGAUUGUCUCGCUCGCGACGAAUCCUCCGCCAACACGAUACAACUGACCGACGAGAGGGGAUGCAUACUGAAACCAAAGCUAUUCGGCGCGUUCCAAAAGACGAACGACACCGGGAAUACAGGGGCGUCGAUUAUCGCUUACGCGUAUUUCCAAGCUUUCAAAUUCCCCGACGUGAUGGACCUGUUCAUCGAGUGCAACGUGGAACUAUGCAAAACCGACUGCGAGCCAUGCCCCGAUGCCAAUCAGCAAAUCGAACCGGGCAGACGACGCCGAUCGAUCGACACGUACGCGACGAACGCGACGAUGGCGAACGGCUCGCCGGUGUUGCUCUCCGAUCCGAUACGCGUCGCUCGUCGCUUCAAAGUGAUCAUGGUGGACGACCUGAGCAAAGCCAGCAACCAAAUCUUGCAACAGCUCGAGGAAACCGCCGUCGAAGAGGUCGCGAUGAACGUUUGCAUGACGCACAGUGGCUUCUACACCGCUAUCUCGUUCUUCUUAACCACCAUCCUUGUCACUACCGUCAGUGCGGUUACGCUUUACGUCAAGUUGCAACGAGUGUACGCAUCGAAAUUCACCUAUUCGUAGACAUUCUACUCAUCUAGCUCGCGUGACCGGUCAAUCGGUCGCGAUCAAUUCGCGUCUUUUGUCAAUCUUUCGUAUUACACUGCUUUUCCAUCGUUCGUCAUACGUAGAGAACAACAAGUCACGAACGAAAGCAAAUGAGAAUCGAUGACGCGAAGAACGAUCUAUCGUUACUUGCCGAUUGCGUCUUUUCGCUGGCGUAUCGAUAAUGCUAACUGCACGCCAUAUUUCUUGCGUUGUUAAUUGCGUUGCGCUUCAACAGAUCGCAUUCGAACAGUCACGAAUAUGUAGCAAUAACAAUAGCAAUAACAUGUACGUGUAUAUUUCUCGUCCCCUCCCCCCCAGUCGUUUCCCUUCGCAUCAUCGGGGAUCGGACAGGUUCGAUCGUUGACGAGUACAACAUAUUUUACAGAUUAA